AAAGUGAAAACCUAAUCUCUCAAUCGCAGACGUUGUCAUCUCUCUUCUUUUCUCAAGCGUCCGAUCAAUCUCUCCUCUUCUCUCGAUCUCUCUCCCUCUCUGCCUCCUCUCUUCCUCCAAUCAACAAACACCUCUCUGUUUCACUCCCGCCCUUUUUCGAAUUCUUCUGUUAGGGUUUUUUUUUCUUUCUGAGAUGGCGGAGUCGCAGGCCAAGAGUCCCGGAGGCUGUGGAAGCCAUGAGAGUGGUGGAGAUCAAAGUCCCAGGUCGUUACAUGUUCGUGAGCAAGAUAGGUUUCUUCCGAUUGCUAACAUAAGCCGUAUCAUGAAAAGAGGUCUUCCUGCUAAUGGGAAAAUCGCUAAAGAUGCUAAGGAGAUUGUGCAGGAAUGUGUCUCUGAAUUCAUCAGUUUCGUCACCAGCGAAGCGAGUGAUAAAUGUCAAAGAGAGAAAAGGAAGACUAUUAAUGGAGAUGAUUUGCUUUGGGCAAUGGCUACUUUAGGAUUUGAAGACUACAUGGAACCUCUCAAGGUUUACCUGAUGAGAUAUAGAGAGAUGGAGGGUGACACAAAGGGAUCAGCAAAAGGUGGGGAUCCAAAUGCAAAGAAAGAUGGGCAAUCAAGCCAAAAUGGCCAGUUCUCGCAGCUUGCUCACCAAGGUCCUUAUGGGAACUCUCAAGCUCAGCAGCAUAUGAUGGUUCCAAUGCCGGGAACAGACUAGUAUGAGAGGAGUAUUCAACUUUGGUUAUGUUCCACCAAAAGAGGUUAUCUUAUCUGUAUAUUAUUUGUGUUGUAAGAGUUUUGCUAUGCAGAACUUGUGACUAUAAUCAUCUCAUUGUUUUGUUUUGUUUUUGUUUCCUUGGAUUUGUUCUGAAUAUGUCAUCAAGUCAGUCAGUCUAUUUAUAUAUUUGGUUUGUUGAUUAUUUCAACACCGGUCUAAAGAAUGAAUUCUGAUUUUAACAAAGAUUUCAUACAAG